UUCAGAUCGACAGAGUUUGGCCAAAUUCUUUGGUUUGGCAACGACGUAUUGUCAACAAAUAAAUUAGCAUGUGAUAGACGUUAUAGGAUAAUUUUCUUGUCUAAUAUAAUUUUUGUAGUGUAGUUUAAAAGUAAUUAUGUCCGAGAAACAGAGAACAAGUCCUAUUAAGAAUUUCUUGGCGGGUGGUGUUGGUGGCAUUUGUUGUGUAGCCGCUGGGCAUCCUUUAGAUACAAUUAAAGUACGCUUGCAAACAAUGCCAAAGCCAGCAAUGGGAGAGCUUCCAAUGUAUUCUGGAACAUUUGACUGUGCAAAGAAGACUAUUAUAAAAGAGGGUUUCUUUGGUCUUUAUAAAGGUAUGGCAGCUCCAAUCACUGGUGUGACUCCCAUGUUUGCAGUCUGCUUUUUUGGCUUUGGUGUAGGGAAAAGGCUUCAACAAAAGCACCCAGAAGAACAACUAUCAUUAAUUAAACUUUUUAAUGCUGGCAUGCUUUCUGGUGUCUUCACAACAGCUAUUAUGACUCCAGGGGAGAGAAUCAAGUGCCUUUUACAGGUUCAACAAGCUACAGUCACAAGUGGAGAAGCUAAAUAUGCUGGACCAAUUGACUGCGUUAAAAAAUUAUAUAAAGAAGGUGGUAUUAGGAGCAUUUAUAAAGGAACUGCUGCUACUCUUUUAAGAGAUGUACCAGCAAGUGGUAUGUAUUUUAUGUCAUACGAAUGGCUUCAAAGAGUGUUAACUCCACCAGGAAAAAGCCGGAAUGAUCUUAGCGUGUGGAGAACACUUUUAGCUGGAGGUACAGCAGGUAUUUGCAAUUGGAUGGUUGCUAUACCAGCUGAUGUGCUAAAAUCUCGCUUACAAACAGCUCCUGAAGGUACUUAUCCAAAUGGAAUAAGAGAUGUCUUUAGACAUGCAAUGAAAGAGGAAGGGGUUAGAGCUUUAUAUAAAGGGGCUACCCCUGUCAUGUUGAGAGCAUUCCCAGCAAAUGCUGCUUGUUUCAUGGGCUAUGAAGUUGCUAUGAAAUUCCUAAAUUGGAUGGCUCCAACUCUUUGAUAAUAAAUUUAUUAUUUAGAAGAACAAAUCUUCCAAUAAAUUAGUAUUUUAGAUUAAUCAUGUAUUUCAUUAGGUAUUUUCUAGUGCCUUGUGCAUGCCUGAAUAAGGAGCAUUUUCUCAUAUAUAUUAAAUAGGAAAUUUAAAAUACAAGUGCUUUUCAAAUGAAAUACUUGUUUUAAUUUUUCAAAGUUUUAUAUAAUUACAACUCAAGUUGAAAAGCUUUUUGAACAAGUACAACUGUUGUCUUUUACAGAGUUGUUUAUAAUUACACUGAAACUGUUGUUUGCAUAAAUAAAAAAAUAUUUUAUAUUUAUAAAUAAAAAGUUUGUUUUGGUUA